CUACCUAAUAGCUAACAGAAUUAAUUUGGAAAAUAAUAAUAUUACAUUUUAUAUGAGCUAUCUAUCCUAAAAAUGUAUUUACUAGAAGCAUAUACAAACUGAAAAGCGGUCGGUCUUUUACAAGCUUCUUCCUCAUUCAGUGGGGUCAGAGUUCAGUAAAUAUUGGUGAUGUCAUGGUCUGAAGAUGGCUGAAGACGGGGAAAGCUGCGAAGGCUGGUGGGGAGGCUGGCUUCAGCAAAGCUUCCAGGCCGUCAAAGAUAAGUCAUCUGAGGCAUACGAGUUUAUAAAGCGUGACCUGACAGAGUUCUCCAACGUGGUGCAACAUGACGCUGCGUGCUCCAUCGUCGCCACAGCAAGCGCCGUUAGAAGCAAACUAGCGGUGGAGGGCUCCUCUGAUACCACAGAGAAGGUGAAGAAGAGCCUGUCCAGUUUCUUAGGAGUGAUAACAGACACCCUCGCUCCUCCCCAGGACAUGACCAUCGACUGUGAUGUCAUUACGCUAGUGGCAACUCCAGCAGGCACCACAGAGGUGUAUGACAGCACCAAGGCUCGUCUUUACAGUCUGCAGGCUGACCCUGCUACAUACUGCAAUGAGCCUGAUGGUUCCCUAGAGCAGUUUGAUGCGUGGCUCUCAAGCUUCAGUCUGGAGGAGAGGAAAGGAGAGAUCUCUGACCUCCUAGUCAAUACCCCCUCUAUCAGGGCCCUUUACACCAAAAUGGUGCCAGUAGCUGUAGCCCAUUCUGAAUUCUGGCAGCGGUAUUUCUACAAAGUCUUUCAGUUGGACCAGGAGGAGGCGAGGCGAGUGGCCUUGAAGCAGAGAGCAGAGCAGACUACACACACAGAGGCUCUGGGCUGGGAGGAGGAAGAUGAAGAUGACUUCCUUGGCGCCACGUCUUCAUCUCGCCUGGACUUCACGCCCCCAUUAGACGACCCUGUGACCCAGCUGUCACCACUUACACCAGUCACCAUGGCGACAACCCCGCUCAGCCCCAUCCCGUCUCCGAGCGGGGAGCGCUCCUCUCCCCUCUCCCUGAACAGCGACAGUGGCAGCCUGCCCACCCAGGUGGAGGUGAGACCAGCCAGGCCACAACCUGCAGUCGUGGAGCUGGCCCAGAAACUCAACAAGGCCAGCCUGGAGGAGAGAGAGCCAGAGAGGCAGCAGGUGGAGGAGAGGGUUAAGUUAGAGGCCCCAUCCCAGCCUGAGCCCACAGAGAAGGCUACAGCUGAGAGAGUAACAGUCCAGGCCCCAGCUACCACCAUCAGACCAGAGACAGAGGGGCCCCAGGACCUGAGGGUGUUUGAGCUCAACUCUGACAGCGGGAAGUCUACACCUUCAAACAAUGGCAAAAAAGGGUCCAGCACAGAUGUCAGUGAGGACUGGGAGAAGGACUUUGACCUGGACAUGACAGAAGAGGAGGUCCAGAUGGCACUCUCAAGAGUUGACGCUACAGGAGAGCUGGAGGACUGGGAGAACUGGAACUGAUGAUUACCGUGCCGUAGUGUUUCUAUCCGGUCAUUAAAGCCAGUUCUCGGCAGACGAACCAUGCUUAACGUGUUUUACCCCUUUGUCCACGCCGUCACCAUGUCACAUUUGUUCAUAGGGGAAUGUCCCUUUGGUUUGGACCAUGUUGAAGGCACUAGCAAAGCAAUGGGAAUCCAAGGCAAUAAGAUUAGAGCCAAGGCAGCAUCAGCUGUCAGUUUGUGCAUAUAGGUCUCAAGGCGUCUUGUUGGUUAUUUCUUGAAACAGCUUGUAUAACUUAGAGAGAAUAUGACACUAGUUUAGGAAUGGUUAUUGUUCCAUUUGACUAAAGCUAUGUGACAUGUAUUGGCUUGUCAGGAUGAGAAUGGGUUCACCACAUAAGGGAAGCUGCUGCGCUCCCUCUAUCUUCUGAAAUGCCAUUAAGUACAUGUAAAUUGUUGCUAGUGAACUUCUUCAAAGUUAUGAGUGGCGGGAAUUAUUACUUAACUUUAGGCUGCAGAAUAGCCAUAAAACUGUAACGCUGCUUAUCACCUUUCAUGAGAUGGAAUUAUUCAUGUGGUUUAUUGAAUGGUGAAUAUAUUGAUUUUAGAAAAAAUUCUCAAGUGAUUUACUAACUCAUCUAUCUUAUGCAAGUGAAUAUUCAUAAAGGAACAUACUUUGGCCUUCAUAGAGAGCAUUCAUUUUGGAUUCACUCCCAACUCUAGAUACAUAUGACCUUGAUAGACACGCGAUAGUGUGGACAAGAUAUCCAAAUGUUUUGUCACACAAGACACUGAUCUGAGUUUAAACACAACCAAUCCAUGUUGUACAUUUUACAUUCUAUGUUUUCAUCCCUGUCCUGCUAAGUAAUUGAUGUGAACAUAUCUCUUCUGUGACCUCCAGGGGCCACGUUUCCUCUUUAUUUCCUGUCUCUGCUACAUUAAUGUUCACAUCUAUUAUUCUAUCUGUCCAUGUCUAAUAUUAUUCUUGGUGGGUAAGGGUCACAUUUAUUGUCAAUCGUCAAAAGAGAAGAUAAUGACGCAAUAAAGAGGCUGCAAAAUG